AUGCCUCCAAUCCGCACCUCCCGCAAUCGCAAACCGCCACCUGCGGGCUUUGACGAUAUUGAAGAUACCCUUUUGGAAUUCAGCAAUAAAAUGAAGGACGCGGAGAAUGCCGACCACGAGGGAAAGAAGAAGUACGAGACUCUAUGGCCGAUCUUUCAAAUUAGCCACCAGCGCUCACGAUACAUCUACGACCUCUACUACGAAAAAGAAGCCAUCUCCAAGCAACUCUACGACUGGCUCUUGAAGAACAACUACGCCGACGCAAAUCUUAUUGCCAAAUGGAAGAAACAGGGUUAUGAGAAGCUCUGCUGUCUCCGCUGCGUCCAGUCCAAGGAAACGAAUUUCAACGCCACCUGCAUCUGCCGCGUACCCAAGGCUCAACUUAAAGAGGAACAGUCGAUUCAGUGUGUUAGUUGUGGGUGCCGGGGUUGCGCGAGUAGCGAUUGA